GCGGGGGCCAGGCCGGCAGGUGGAGCGGCGCCGGCUCCAUGUGCGCGGCUGGAGGCGACCCCGCUCCCGCCCCGCCGCUCCCCGGGCGCAGCGGCUCCGUCCUCCCCCGGGGCCGGGCGCGGGAGGCGGCUCCGCUCGCUCCCCAGCCGCCGCCGGGCAGCCCCGCACCGCUCCGCAAUGGCUUUCGCUAAUUUCCGCCGCAUCCUGCGCCUCUCCACCUUCGAGAAGCGGCGGUCCAAGGAGUACGAGCACGUCCGCCGGGAUCUGGACCCCGGCGAGGUGUGGGAGGUGGUGGGGGAGCUGGGAGACGGCGCCUUCGGCAAAGUCUACAAGGCUAAGAAUAAGGAAACAGGUGCUUUAGCGGCUGCCAAAGUCAUUGAAACAAAGAGUGAAGAUGAACUGGAGGAUUACAUGGUGGAGAUUGAAAUACUGGCGACCUGCGAUCACCGGCACAUCGUCAAGCUGCUGGGAGCGUUUUACUGGGAUGGCAAGCUCUGGAUCAUGAUUGAGUUCUGCCCAGGCGGGGCGGUGGAUGCCACCAUGCUGGAGCUGGACCGGGGCCUGACCGAACCCCAGAUUCAAGUGAUUUGCCGCCAGAUGUUGGAAGCCCUCCAUUACCUCCAUGGCAAAAAGAUCAUCCACCGUGACCUGAAAGCGGGCAACGUGCUCCUCACCCAGGACGGGGACAUCAAGCUCGCUGACUUUGGAGUGUCUGCCAAAAACACGAAGACCUUGCAGAAGCGAGACUCGUUCAUUGGGACCCCUUACUGGAUGGCCCCGGAGGUGGUGAUGUGCGAGACCAUGAAGGACACUCCGUACGACUACAAGGCGGACAUCUGGUCCCUGGGAAUCACGCUGAUUGAAAUGGCCCAGAUCGAGCCGCCCCACCAUGAGCUCAACCCCAUGAGAGUCCUGCUGAAGAUUGCCAAGUCCGACCCCCCCACGCUCAGCUGCCCGUCCAAAUGGUCCCUGGAGUUCAGAGACUUCCUGAAGACAGCGCUGGACAAGAACCCAGAGACGCGGCCCAGUGCUGCCCAGCUGCUGGAGCAUCCCUUUGUGAGCAAGGUGACCAGCAACCGGGCCCUGCGUGAGCUGGUGGCCGAGGCCAAGGCUGAGGUGAUGGAAGAGAUUGAGGACAGUCGCGAUGAAGCAGAAGACGAUGACUCGUCGGAGUCUGCCUCGCCCCCUGGUAAGCACAAGCGGGACCCCUCUGAGGCGAGUCAGCUGAGUUUUGAUGGGGAGAAGCCUCCAGACUCCUCCUUGCCCAAGGCAGUGAACGGGCCUGUCGGGACUGGCAAAGAGACCACAGAUUUAAAGAGCGAUAAAGUCUUGGAUGAAGGGAUAAGUAGAGACAAUGACAAACUGGAGAGCAACGACUCCACAAAAACCCUUGCCAGCUCUGCCACCUCGGCCACUCAGGGAAAGCCAGACAUCAUCUCACAGCCCAGGCCAGGCAGCAAGGAGAGGAAGAGCAUCGGGGAGCGACCGGAGAGCAGCCACCUGGAGAACUUCACAGAGGAGAAGCUUGCCAACGGGAGCUUGGAUCCCACAGCUCCAUUCCCUGGCAGCCGGUCCAAAGGGGAUUCGGAUUCUGGCAGCACUUCCGCCUCGGAAAGCAUGGACCUCACCAUCUCCCUGUCUGCUGACCUGUCCCUCAACAGGGAGAGCGGCUCCAUCUCCCUGAAGGAUUCCCGGAUGCACAAGAAGACGCUGAAACGCACCCGCAAGUUUGUGGUGGAUGGAGUGGAGGUGAGCGUCACCACCUCGAAGAUCAUCAGUGAGGAUGAAAAGAAGGAUGAAGAGAUGAGAUUUCUCAGGCGCCAGGAGCUGCGGGAGCUGCGUCUCCUUCAGAAGGAGGAGCACCGAAACCAGGCGCAGCUCAACAGCAAGCACCAGCUGCAGCUGGAGCAGAUGUUCAGGCGCUUUGAGCAAGAAAUGACGACAAAAAAGAAGUUCUAUGACACUGAACUUGAAAACCUCGAACGGCAGCAGAAGCAGCAGAUUGAGAAGAUGGAACAAGAUCACUCGCUGCGCCGGCGCGAGGAGGCCAAGCGCAUCCGCCUGGAGCAGGAGCGGGACCACGUCAAGUUCCUGGAGCAGCUGAAGCAGAUGAAGAAGGAGGUCAAGAAUGAGGUUGAGAAGCUGCCACGGCAACAGCGCAAAGGGAACAUGAAGGUGAAGAUGGAUGACUUCGCCCAGAAAAAACAAACCAUGGAACAGGAGUUUUUGGCCAAGCAGAAGGAGGACCUGGAGCUGGCCAUGAAAAAUAUAACUGCCCAGAACAAAAAAGAGAUCUGUGACAAGGAACGCGAGUGCCUGAACAAAAAGCAGCAGCUCAUGAGAGACCGCGAGGCAUGCAUCUGGGAUCUCGAAGAGCAUCAACAACAGGAGAAACACCAGCUUAUCAAGCAGCAGCUGAAGGACCAGUAUUUCCUCCAGAGGCACGAGCUGCUCCGGAAGCACGAGAAGGAAAGGGAGCAAAUGCAACGAUACAACCAGCGCAUGUUAGAGCAGCUGAAAAUUCGGCAGCAGCAGGAGAAAGCCCGGCUCCCCAAAAUCCAGCGGAGCGAAGGGAAGACGCGCAUGGCCAUGUACAAGAAGAGCCUUCACAUCCACUCCAGCGGCAGCGCAGCCGAGCAGCGGGAGAAGAUAAAGCAGUUUGCUCAGCAGGAAGAGAAGAGGCAGAAAGCAGAGCGGCUGCACCAGCAGCAGAAGCACGAGACGCAGAUGAAGGACAUGCAGGCCCAGUGCGAGAGCAACACGAACGAGCUCCAGCAGCUGCAGAAUGAAAAGUGUCACCUCUUGAUUGAGCAUGAGACCCAGAAGCUUAAGUCCCUGGAUGAGAACCACAACCAGCACAUGAAGGAGUGGCGGGACAAACUGAGGCCACGGAAAAAGGCCCUGGAGGAUGAGCUGAACCAGAAGAAGCGUGAGCAGGAGAUGUUCUUCAAGCUGAGCGAGGAGGAAGAUGGACAGACGCCAGCAUCGCCAACCAAACACGCCAAGUUCAUCCCAUUUGGCUCCACAGAGAGCUCAUAACACCUCGCAGCUGGCAGGCCACCGGCUGUGUCCUCCUGGGCAAUGUGGACUUAGAAGACCAUCCCAGCAGCCUCUUCUCACAGCAGCACCUUCCUGUCCCCUCACUCCGUCUGGGAUAAAUGUGGUGUCUGUCCUGCACUGGGGGAUGCUGACUGCGAGUUUUGGUGGCUUUUCUGGAAGCUGGAGACAACUCCACGCUGGGAGGCCGGGCAGGACCCUUUCUGCAAUCGUACUUGCACUGUGAGCUGGGUGCGUCGCCUCUCGCCUGAGCCUGGCGCUCACCAGGCUUGUCGGCAAAGACUGAAGCAAUAACUGCUCCGAACAGGAGACGCAGGCAGUGGCUCCUGCCCUCUGCACAGGGGUUAUCAGCCUCUGUCUCCACUGUGCCUGCUCUUUCUCUCGGUCCUCUGUAAGGACUAGUCUGGGGCAGAGCAGCUUUGGUAUUGUCUUGGGCUAACCUUGGCCUUCUGCCCCCUCAACGCUUGCCUUAGAUUUAUUUCUAUCUGCUGUGGCCCUUUUUUGUUUGAGGGAGAGACAGUGAUAAGGAUUUUUUUUGCUUCUUUUGAGGAAGGAGGAUUAGGUUUUUUUCUUUCCUCUUCCUCCUUGUACAGACUGUACAGAAAGGGGACCAGCUGGAUGUCCUUCCAAAGAUGCUUCUGCUUCUUCAUUUACCAUGAUUGCUGGCACCACAGUCCCUCUGGCACUUAAGUAAUACUAUCUUAUGAGAGACUGGACUAUAGCAUAAUUAAACUGUUCAGCUGGCUGCAGGCUUUUGUCUCUUAAAGAAGUGUAUGUGCUUGUGCAGAGCGGGAGGUUGAUAAUGGUGCUUAAUCCUGUGGUGACACAGGAUGGUGUCAGUCACAGUUGUGUGCCUUCUGGUAAGGACAAAUGAGAGGCCAAAGGCUAUUAUUGCCGGGGCUCUCAUCAUCACACAUGUGCUUGAGAUUACUUUUUGAGUGUUAAAUAUAUGUGGGCCAUGUGGGUCAGCCAGCCUGGCCGCUCUGCAGUCAGGGCUACGGGCUGCAAAGCAUCAUUUGGAAGGAAUAAAGGAGUCUUGAAGCAAGGCGUGUAAGGGAAGAGGGGAUGCAAAGACAGCUCGUGGUGGCUUGUUCAUCUCAGCAUUGCUUUCUCCACUGUCGUCUCAUCUCCUUGUGAUGUCCCGCAGUUUUUCGGAUGGUCCUCCUGGCUUUCAGGUUGGAGUCACGCUGCAGAGCGGCAGAGCCGCUGCAGGUCCGGCCCCGGGUCCCUGUUGCUUUAGAGACAGUGGCAUUGCAGGAAAAGGUGGUAAUGUGAUGUGCUACACUUCCGGGUACCUGGGUGAAGGAGUCAGCCCCCAUGUCUUUAACACCUCUUCUGAGAAGUGCCCUUACAUUUACUACCCAUUUAGAGUUCAUGAUACAUAUUCAUAAGCUUCCUGCAAACUAACAAGGCUACAUCUAUUUGGGCUAUUCCAAGUUUCUUUGGAAUCCACACCAUUGAUGUCUUUAUUAAUGAACAUUGCCUAGAUGGAGAUCUUAAGGGCUGGGACCCUUUACAAGGCUGUGUAGCAACUUUUCAGUAACUAGCCUGUCCUUCUAGGAAGACCAUGCGUCCCAUCUCCGAAAGCGCUGACUACGCCUUUCAGAUGCAAUAGCACCAGGUUGGGAGCUGAUGUAAAAUGAGUCAACGCAGGAGGUUGCUCCUGAACGAUGUGCUGAUUUGAGCUUUAAAUUGUAUUAGAAAUGUGUGCUGGCAGCUGCACGGUUCAUGUUCCUGGUCCCCUUAGGAUCCAGUUGGAUGUAUUCUAUGAAAUGGUUGUUGUCACAGAAAUCAGCACCCGGUGCCUGUCCCUUCACGUGUUACGCAUGACUUGCAGAGGGCUGUCCUGCAGCAUGCUGUUCAUUAGGUGCCUCCUCCGGCCGAAGGUAAAUCGCUUCUCUCUUUCUCCAGUCUGGCUUUCUUUCAAUCUGGAGCUAGCAGCGUGAUGGAGGGUAGGAAUGGUUUUGUCCCCUGCUCGUUGUCUGUUCCAUCUCCGUGCGCCGGGGCUCUGGUACCAUGUCCCUCCCCUAGAAGAGGGCAGGGGAGCACAUAUUCUGAUUGUCAUGUUUAGUGGGUGGUUAUCUUUUCUUCUCCCUUUCAAAAGAGGAAUUUCUUUGUCCUGUUCAGAAGUAACCAUGAAUAAACUCAUGUUAUUUUUGAGGGGGGUGGGAGAUGCCAUUUUUUCAAAUGUGGCUUUGAAUAAAAGAGGUUUUUAAUAUUUUGUAAAGUGUCUUCAGUGGGGCCACCAUGAUGAUGUAAAGACCCUUCUAAUAAAGUAACAGACUGAGCAACCUGG